AUGCACCGGCCGUUCGAUCCGGCCGCCGCUCGCGCCGCCCCGGCAGCCCUGGCCUACGCGAGCGCCGCGCUCGCCCCGGCCGCCCUGGCCUCCGCCCGCGCCGCGCUCGCCUCGUGUUUUCCCUCGUCCGCCUGUCAAAAUUGUCAAAUUUGCCACCGCCGGCUGCGUGUAGAGCUAACAGCUGUGCAGUGUCAUAAAGCCAAGCUAGCAACCCACGCAUAUGAAACCCCACCCCUAAACCUUUCUCGGAGCAGCGGCCGGCGGCACCGCCCACCACCGGAGGCAGCGGCUUCACCGGAGCAGAUGGCUAGAGGCCUAGGUGUGCAGUUGGCUCCUCCAGCGCUGGCUGAGCUGGGGCGCGUCGGAGUGAUAAUCAAUUUGGGAUCCAUUCUGGCUGAUAUUGCCCCAUUUUUUGUGGUGAUCCUUUCAACCGAUUGGAAGCAAGUGGACAAAUUCUUCAGUAUUAAAUCCUCCGUGACUAGUGCUGUUAUGAAUUUCUUGGUGCUUUCUCAUGUUCUUUUUGUGAACAAAAAUGAAGAUCAACACCGUGAUGUUGUGUUUGUGAGUGUGGUUGGAUUGGUUACUGCUACUGUUUAUUCUCUCAUGCUCCUAACCCACCGUGUGGUAAUGAAAAAGAGCCAUUUUGGCCGCGAGUUGAUGUGUCUUAUCUUACUUUUCUUUCUUGGCGGUUUACUGGUGGUAUUGGGUGGUAUCUUUGUUGACUAUCAAGGCACUGGGCUCAUCAUAAAUGGGUUAGGGAUUACUGUGGUUCUUGUCCUGAAUGCACUCACUGUGAUUCCUAUUCUGACUGCUAAGGGAUUCCCUGACGAUGAUACCCUGGCAUAUACAGUGUCUAUGUCCAUGCUGAACACCUUCGAUUCCAUGUUUUUUGUGAUGUAUGCCCAUUUUCUUGGAUCGUUUGGGUCAUUUCUAUCGGUGGGCAGUCUUCUGAAUGUUUUGGGUGGGGUGGUACUGUUUCUCCUGUUGACUGUGCCUGCACUGCGGAAGGGGCUACGGAAGGUCAAGAACUGGUGUCAGUCAUGCGCCGCAAGCUGCGGCGGCUUCUUUCGGCUCAUCCGUUUCAUUAUCAGCUUUGGUCGCCACGGCAGGAACGACUGAAUGGAUCGAGAGAGUUUCGAAGAACUGCUUUGCCGGCGAAAACCAAAACUGUCCCCUUGAAACAAAGUUUUGUAAUGAUAUGGCCACCUGACGAUCAGCUAUGUCGCCGGUGUGCACUGUUUGCAGUUUGUCCCGAAGUUUUCUAGUGAUCUGGCCACGUGACGAUUAGGAUAUGUCGCCAGUGUGCACUGUUUGCAGUUUCAUUCGUACCCUUUAUUUCUCACUUUGUAGGAGAUAUAUACUAGUAUAAGUUAACAGCGCAACGGCAGAACCAUAUAUGGGUCAUCCGAUUCAAUGUUAUAUGUGC